GCUGUUUUUGUAUAAUUUAAUUUGUAAAUGGGCUUUUCACAAAAUAUUUAAAGAUAAUUUUACAUUUCAUUUUACACAAAUGGAUACUUGUGCAGUAUAAAAAAACUAAAUAAAUCAAUCCAGUAGGCCGCCGUUCUGAAACAAGUGUACGUGAUGACGUUGCAUCUACGUCACAAAAACGUCCUACGCUGCCGCCGCAAUGCUAAGUUACUGCUGAGUGGCUACAACAGUUUUUACUGCUGUCUCUGUUGUUCAGCGAGAGCCUUUAACAAUAAGUAAGAGUAAAUCUAUUCACACCACGUUAAACCGGAGUGUGUAAGUGUCGGUCGGGCCCCUGCCAUGGCUCUAGAAGGCCCGGAGGAGCUAGGAGAACAGCUCGAAGAGCCGGAGGAUCUGGACGACCAGGACGCUAGCAGCAUCUCUCCAGCCGAGGAGAUAAUGUUGCCCUCCGGGCCCGGAGGUGACGAGGAGCCGGGGGGAACUGUCCUCCUUCCAUGGGAUCGUUUCAAUGCAUGGUUGCACUGCAUCUGUGUGGUCGGCUUCGAUCUGGAGCUGGGGCAGGCGGUGGAGGUGAUUUAUCCCCAUCAUUCCAAAUUGUCAGAGAAAGAGAAAACGAGCAUCUGCUACCUUUCCUUGCCUGACUCAAACUCAGGUUGCCUUGGUGACACCCAGUUUUGUUUCCGCUUCCGCCAAGGUUCAAACAGGAAGUCAUCACUCAGCUGCUUCCUGGAAACCACUGACAGGGAUGCACCACCAUGUCUAAAGAGGGAACAGGGCCAUUACUACGGUUAUGUGUACUUCCGUCAGGAACGGGAUAAGUCUCUGAAGAGAGGAUACUUUCAGAAGUCCCUGGUCCUGAUCAGUAAGCUGCCCUAUGUCACCUUCUUUCACUCCCUGUUGAAGAUCAUGGCUCCAGAAUAUUUUGAGAAACUGGAGCCCUGUCUGGAGGCUGCUUGCAAUGACAUCGACCGUUGGCCCACGCCCCAUCCUGGACGAAUCCUCACACUGCCGAUCAUGGGUGUGGUCAUCAAGGUCCGUAUCCCAACCUGUUACGACAAACCGGGAACGUCACAGCUGGUUCAUUCUGCUCAGAGUGACAGUCUGGUGUCCAUCGUCCUCCCAACCAUCCAUGAAGUCGACCUGUUCAGAUGUUUCCACCCAGUCUUCUUCCACAUUCAGAUGUUGUGGGAGUUGGUGUUGCUGGGGGAGGCUCUGGUGGUGAUGGCACCUUCACCUGCUGAGUCAUCAGAUACUGUACUGGCAUUGGUCAGCUGUAUCUCACCUCUGCGCUACUGCAGUGACUUUAGACCCUACUUCACCAUCCACGACAGUGAGUUUAAGGAGUACACCACUAGGACACAGGCUCCGCCAUCAGUCGUUCUCGGGGUGACCAAUCCAUUUUUUGCUAAAACCCUGCAACACUGGCCGCACAUCAUUCGCAUCGGAGACAUGAAACAUGCAGGUGAGAUGGCCAAGCAGAUGAAAGUAAAAAAAUUAAAAAAUCUAAAAACUCUGGACUCUAAGCCUGGUGUGUACACGGCGUACAAACCAUAUCUAAACAAAGACGAAGAAAUCCUCAAACAGCUCCAGAAGGGUGUUCAACAAAAGAGACCCUCGGCGGCCCAGAAUGCAAUUCUCCGACGCUACUUCUUAGAACUGACUCAGAGCUUCAUCAUUCCACUGGAGCGGUACGUGGCCAGUCUCAUGCCCCUGCAGAAGUCCAUCAGUCCCUGGAAGAGUCCUCCUCCGCUCAGACCGUUCAUCCAGCAGGACUUCAUGAAGACACUGGAGAAAGCUGGACCUCAGCUUACCUCCAGACUAAAAGGAGACUGGAUUGGACUCUACAGGCAUUUCCUCAAGUCUCCCAACUUUGACGGCUGGUUCCGCAGCAGGAGAAGAGAAAUGACUCAGAAACUGGAGGCUCUGCACCUGGAGGCACUGUGUGAGGAGGACCUGCAGCAGAGAAUCCAGAAGCACACAGAGGUGGAAACAGUGGACCUGGUGUUGAAGCUCAAGGAUAAACUGACUCAAGCUGAGAAGGAGCAUCUCCCAGUGCAUCCUGGGACUGUGGCCAAACUCAGGGCCCACAUCGAGGCCGUCAUCCAGGCAUUACCAGAUGACCUUCAAGGUAUCCUUCACAAACCCUCCACACCUUGACCUUUGAUACCAGAGGGAGUGGGGUCGCACUCCCACUGUGUUUUUAACAUUUGGAGGUUCACGGAUAUCUUCCCAGCGCAGUCUGGAUCACGCUCACACACAGGACCUGCUUGGAUCCCAGAGGAGGAUGCAUCAUGUGUCCAAAAACAGAUUGAAAAAAAAAAAAUGCUCCUCCAACUGCUUUUGAUCCAACACUGACUUUGUGGACCAAAAAGGAAGUGUGACCCUCUGAUCUUCAGGAUUGUGGUUUUUUUUGGACAACACACAAUGGCGCGAAGAAAGAAGUGUUUGUUACACUUACAAUUUUUCAGCUUUUUUUUUGUGGAUUAGCAGAAAUUUGCCUCAGGCUGCACAGGAUUGGUGCUGAUUGUGGAAAAGAAAAGGCUUGUCGGGCUGAACUUUGACCCCCAGCAGAUCCAGAUUCUUUUUCUCCCCAUUUUUUAUUUCAUUAUCCUGAGCAUGUGGUGCUGCAAACAGAAGUGACUGUGGAAUCGUUUUAUUAGAAGUGCACUUCAAUGCUUAUCCGGACCUCACACACACACACACACACACACUCUCACCGAUACUUUUAUGCAAACAAAGUGAACCAAGCAGAGCCAAGGAGUGCUUUAUAACUGUACCACAGUGUUUCAAAUGCACAGUUUUCUGCACCAGCGACCAAGUAACUGUCAGAGCAGUCAAUGCCUGAGGUUUAACUGUCCCUGUGUUUUUGUCUCAACAGACGGCAAGUACCUUCACUGAUAAACUCCCUUUGGUUUAACAAUAAAACACAGAUAAAGGUGGUUAGGCAUUAAAAAUUCUUAUUUUAUAUAAAACUCUAAAUAUAAACUGACACAAUGACAUUUUUAUAAAGUCUGAGUAUUGUGAGCCUAUAAUUUUGACCAAGUAAUUAUUGAUUUUACAAACAAACAUUUCCAUUUUAUUAAGUGUGUUUUAUUAAUCUUUUUUUUUUCUGGCACACAUGCCAUUAAAUUACUACAUUUUAAUCUAAUUCAAAUUAUUAUUACUUAGGAAACAUGUACAUUUUCAGCAGUAGAAUGAUUGUUUCUAAGAAAACUCUCCUUGAAAAAUCUCCUUGAGGUGGAGUUUUUUACGGUUAUUAUAUUGUAUGUUUCAAACCUUAAGCCACAAAAUUGUAUUUAUGUAUACUGGAUCCACACACAGAACUGCAAUACUUUUUAAUAUUAGUUAUAUAGGAGUUAGUUUUUAAUCUGCCUCUGCCACAAAUUUAGUUUCUCUUUUCAAAAACAAAACACCAGCUGCCAGCAAUAUUUCAUAUUUUGUAGGUAAGGGUUUGAAACAUGCAAUACUCAAUGCAUUUUCCAAUCUAAUGUAUUUAUGAUACUGAAGCAAUAAAAUACAAACAGGUCAUUCAUUUGUAAUGUAAUUCAGUUUUUCAGUUUUCUUCCACACAUGUUCAUGUAAUGAUAUACUCUAUCGCAGUCAAAAACCAAUAGUCAAAAACUGCACAAAUUGUGUCAUAACGGUGGCGUUUGUCUUCAGACACUGCUAUUAAUAAAGCUUUAAAUUAGCUUUUUGUUGUCGAGCAGAUAAAAAAAAUACUGUAUUUGCUGGUUAACACUUGGUUUUAUGGGCUCCAGUGUCUGUUUUUAUGUUAGUGGUUCCCAGGCUUUUCUGCAACACCCCAAUUUAUUAAUAAGCUCACAUCAACACAUACAGAGCUAAUGCUCUUUUUUUAAAACCACUAAUUCAUAACAAACCUGAAAUUCUCAAAUCAGUUCAAUUCUCCUACUUAGCACCAUGCCUCCUAAGGGGGCCCCACCCCCCAUUUUGGAAACCACUAUUUCACACUUUGAAGACAUGUUCUUGUCCUGUAGUAGUACUGCACUGUAGGGGGCAGAGUUUUCUAAACUGCUGAGUCAAAGUUGCUCUGAUGUAAUGUUGUACAUGAAUUAUUUUGGUAUAUCAGAUAUAUCUAUUCAGAGAAAUUAGUUCUUCCCUUGUAUAAAUGACACCAUUGUGAAACACCUUUGAAUUUGUUGCUCAUUUGCCAGCAGUUGAUGUGAAUGUGAAACUAAAACUAAAGGUGACGCCAUUUGUCAAUAACAGUUUCUCCUAAA